AUGGUCGUCAAGAUGCGGCAGUCGGACUCAUUUGAGAAGCAGCUGCCUGUCCUUUUAGGACGAGGGCCGGCCAAUGGUGAUGUUGAAGCUGGGAAGACAGGGCAGGAAGGUGUGGAGCCUUGCAAAAGCCAAGCCGCGCGCGGCGGCGAAAGUGUGGAAGCCUUGCGUCUGAAAUGCUGCGAGAAGGUCGCUCUAACCUUCGGGGUCAUUUUCGCUGUCGCUCAGGGUGUAGCGACGCCCGCAAUCGCAUUGUUCAUGGGGGAGAGCAUCACCACCUUGGCGCUUGCAGACCACGCGCAAGAGCUGGAUGCGAUGACGCCCGAGUUCAUCAAGAUUGGCGCUUUGGCAGCUAUCCAGUUCUGCCUGGCUUUCGCUUGGCAGACUUGUUUGGCCUGGGCCGCCGCAAAGCAGGCCCUGCGCUGGCAUCGCGGUUUCGUGGAAUCGCUGCUUUCCUUGAAUGUCUGCUGGUACGACGAGCAUGAGCCCGCAGGAGUGGCCGCCAAGCUGGAGAGCGACUCCGCGAACGUCUACCUGUUCAUGUCCUCGGCGCUGGGGUACCUGAUCGCCAGCUUGGCCCAGUUUGUGACGGGCUUGUCCUUGGCCUUGUAUGAGGGCUGGGAGCUGGCACUGGUGGUGUGUGCCGUGAUGCCCAUCUUGAUGUGCGCCGGCCACUACAUGGGCAAGGAGAUCGAGCACUUCACGGCCCUGCAGCACGCCAACUUUGCCCAGGCCUCCGCGGUCGCGGAAGAGUCCCUGAUGGCCAUUCGGACCGUCGCGGCCUUCGGAGGGGAGGCCAAGGAGGUCGCGCGCUUCGAGAGGGAGCUGCUCCCAGCCAAGGUGGGUGGCAUCCGCUCCGGGACGAAGAUCGGGGCCGCCUGGGGAGUCCUCAACUUCUUCUACCCGAGCCUCUACGCGCUGGCGCUCUGGUUCGGCGGCCACGUCCUCAUGGCGGAGCACGACGACGGCUUGGAGCCCAGCCGCAUCAUCACCGUGAUGAUCUCGAUGAUGGUGGGCGUCUCGGGGCUCAGCGCCUUCAGCGGCUUCGCCUCGGUCAUGGCCAAAGCCGCCGUGUCUGCCCAGGCGAUGAAGGAGGUCAUGGCCUUGAAGGCGCAGAACGACAUCGAGGGGCCCCUCUACGCGCACGCGGAGCUGCCGCCCGAGCUGUGGGAGGUCGACAGCAUCGAGUUCCGGAAGGUGAGCUUCAAGUACCCGGGGAGGCAAAGGUGGGUCCUCAACAGCUUGAGCUUCCGGGUGGAGAAGGGCCAGAAGGUGGCGCUUGUGGGGGAAAGUGGGAGUGGCAAGAGCACGACGAUCCAGCUCCUCGAGCGCUUCUACGACCCGAGUGCUGGCGAGGUCUUGGUAAAUGGAGUCCACUUGUGCCAGGUGCCAACCAAGGCCUGGCGCAAGCUUCUCGGCUAUGUCGGGCAGGAGCCCGUCCUUUUUGCCACCACCGCGAUGAAGAACCUCAAAGGCUUGGACAACUCCAUCUCGGAUGAGGAGGCGAUCCUUGCUGCGAAGGCUGCGCAAAUCUAUGACACCUUGAGUGAGCUCCCGGACGGGAUGGACACAUUUGUGGGCGCAGGAGGUGGCUUGCUGUCAGGAGGGCAAAAGCAGCGGAUUGCCAUCGCGCGCGCCUUGGCAAAGAAUCCCCAAGUCUUGCUCCUGGACGAGGCGACCUCGGCUUUGGACAACGAGUCUGAGCGCCUGGUGCAGGCAACUAUCGACUCCGCCCACACCCUCAUGGGUCGCAACAUCACCACGAUUUCUGUUGCCCACAGGUUGACAACGAUCAUGGGCUCGGACACGAUCUACGUGCUCAAGGAUGGUUCUUGCUGCGAGCAAGGGAACCACGAGGAGUUGAUGGACAUGAAGGGCCACUACUACAACAUGGCGAAGCUGCAGCAGGACAGCCACGGGGAGGAAGACCAGGACGAGAAAGACACUCCCGACUCUGACUGGAAGUCACGAGACCAGGGGAAGCGACACGGGGAGGAGCAGGAUGAGAAGAAAGCAGCGAACGCAGCGGAGUCAUGUGAGGCGCACCUGGAGACGCAGAUGUCGGACUUGAGCAGCGCGGGACGGAAAGCCGGCACUUCCCAGGUUUGGUGCCGCCUUCUGGGCAUGAUGGGUGGGUACUGGUGGAUCUGGCCCGUUUCCGGCUUCAUCGUCAUGGCGGGAGCGGCGGCCAUGCCCCUGGAAGCCGUCUUCUUCAACUCCGCCGUGGUGUCGCUCUCCGAAGCCGCGGUGGGCAGCCUCGAGGCGAUGUACCCGACGCUCGACAAGGCCGUCUUCGGCCUCGUGAUCGUCGGCUUGGGCUCCGGGCUCGCGGUGCUCUGCCAGAACUCCGCCUUCGCCUUCGUGCAGGAGACGGUGUGCCUGAUUUUGCGGAAGGCGGCCUUCAGCAGCACCAUCCGCAUGGAGAUGUCCUUCUUCGACGCCCCCGAGAAUCACACGGCCAGCAUCCUGGUGUCUUUGGAGAGCCACAUGAGCCGGGUGGGGCAGAUGCUCGGGAUCCAGCUCGGAAACUCCGCCGCCGCCCUCUUCACCUGCGUUGUGAGCCUCCUCUUCAGCUUCUACGGCUGCUGGGAGCUCUCCUCGGUCCUCUGCUGCUUGAUGCCCAUCUUCGGGAUCCUGGGCCUCAAGGUGGCCCAGUGCGUGGCGAGGCUGGACCCGGCGCGCCUGGAGCACUACGGGAAAGCGGGGAAGGCCACCUCCGAGGCCCUGACCUCCAUCCGCACCGUGAAGGCGUUGAAUGCCGAGGAGAAGACCCUGGAGGUCGUCAGUGAAGCCCUGGAGAAGCUCACGGAGCUCAGCUCGCGGAAGUCCUGGAGGCUCGGUUUGUCCCUGGGCCUGAACUUGGGCCUCGUGCAGCUGAUCUUCCUGGCAGGCUUCUGGAUGAGCGCCGUGUGCAUCCAGAACUGGGGCUUCGAGCCCCGCGAGGUGCUCCAGAGCCUCUUCUGCGUGGUCUUCGCCGUGCAGUCGGUCACCGCGAUUGUGCAGCACAUCCCCGAUGCCGCCUCCGGGCAGGUGGCGGCCAAGGAGGUCUUCCGCCUCAUCGACCAGUCUUCCAAGGUGGAUGCCACGCAGGUUACGGGAAAAGUCGAGAGCCUCGGGGAUGGGGCCAUCGAGUUCCGGGGCGUGCGCUUCUGGUACCCGCACCGCCCAGAGGUCCGCGUGCUGAGGGCGCUCAACUUCACGAUCCAGAAGGGCCAGUCAGUUGCCUUGGUGGGCUCCUCGGGCAGUGGCAAGUCCACGGUGAUCCAGCUGCUGCAGCGCUUCUACGACCCCCAGCAAGGCUCCAUCCAUGUCGGAGGUGCCGACCUGCGGAGCCUGAACGUGGCCUGGUGGCGGCGCCAGGUGGGCAUGGUCAGCCAGGAGCCCGUUCUCUUCGACCUGUCCUUGGAGGAGAACGUGAAGUACGGCUGCCCCGAGGCAACGCAGGCCCAGGUGCUGGAAGCCGCCAAAGCCGCCCACAUGGACUACGCCCUCACGGGCGCCGUGCAGUGGACGGAUCGGGUGGGCCUGCGCGGGGGGAAGCUGUCCGGUGGCCAGAAGCAGCGCUGCGCACUUGCCAGGGCCCUGCUGCGGAAGCCCGAGCUCAUGCUGCUGGACGAGGCGACCUCGGCUCUGGACUCCGUCUUUGAGCAGCUUGUGCAGCAGGCCAUGCAAGAGGCCAGGGUGGGCAAGACUACGAUCACGGUGGCGCAUCGCCUUUCCACGAUCCGGAACUCCGACAAGAUCUUCGUGCUGUCCGGCGGCCGGCUCGUCGAAUCGGGCACCUACGACGAGCUGUUGAGCCUGGACGGCCACUUCGUGAAAAUGGUUGCAAUGGCCGCCUAA